CACGAGAAACAUAGUGCGCAUGCCCAGGGUUGCGUGCUUCCCGUCGGCCAUUGGCGUGCCGCGUGCGUAACGUGGUCUGGGUGCCGAGCUGUUCGGGUCACGUCUUAACGUCUGGGUUCUUUGUCCCUGGCUGAGACUCACCAGUGGGAAAUAUGAGUCGGAGAAUAAAGUCAACAUACAGGCCUAAAGGAAGAGGUUUUGGUCGUGCAUAUCCCCAGGCACUUAUCGAGGUUGAGGAACCUGUGGAGGAGCCACCAACUGAAGGAAAGAACAUUACACCUGGUCAAGAGAGAAAGGAUGAAGGAGCAUCUGCAUCUCCAGGAGCAUCUGCAUCUCCAGGAGUAUCUGCAUCUCCAGGAGCAUCUGCAUCUCCAGGAGUAUCUGCAUCUCCAGGAGCAUCUGCAUCUCCAGGGCCUUCCGUGGAGGCUUCUCAACAGGAACUGACUGAGCCAAAGACCGGUUCUGAGCAUGGAGAUGGUCCUGAUGUCGAGGGGAAGGGACUGCCAAAUCCAGAGCCCAUAAAAAUGCCGGAAGCGGGUGAAGGAAAACCGCAGAUUUGAAUGAAGACAAACUAACCAUGCAGGCUGUUCUUGUGUUGAAAAUGGGGCUCUUAAAAUUCUCUCAAUAUUGCCUCUGAAACUACUAUAACAUUUAAAAAGUUUGAAACAAAAAAUUCAAUAAAGCCUUGCAGCUUUGUUCAAAGAA